CCCUCAUCUGUGUGUGACGAAGUGUGUGAAGAAAACAAACACGGCUUAAAGCAGGACUGGCUGUGAUUCCCCCUCAGACGGAGUGAAGGACUGAAGGGAACAGACUGGAGGAUUGAGACACAGCCAUCAUGGCGGACAAUUUGGACGAUUUACUUGACGAGGUUGAAGCAAAGUUUUGUCGAAAUACUUCACUGUCAGCUCAACCUUCCUGUAAUUUUAAAGUAAGCCAAGACAGUUUCAGACAGCGGAGAAAUAAUGAUUCCAGGCACAGCAGUACGAAUGAACACGAAGCCGGAGCAGACAGUGAUACUGAGGCUGCGCUUCAGGAAAUUCUGGACGAUGAUUACCUGACUGUCAGUUCAGACAUACCUGCUGCAGAGAGGAGCUGCACUAAGCAUUCUUCUCCUCAGACAGCUUCAAAAAAAUGCUGCCCUCUGUUUCUGGGUGGAAGCUCAAUGACAAGGGGUGUCGGAACAAGUAUUUCUCGAAGGGCAUGUGACCAGCUACGAUGUACAUCUUGCGACUUCCAUGUAACCAUGUUUGACGAUCAUGAGUGGGACUCUUCCUGUGACUAUCUCUUCUUCAGAAACAACAUGCCAGACCAUAACAAGUUGCGAGCCAAGCUGAAGAGGAGGCAGGGGGCUCGUGCAUAUGCCUGCCAGUGCAGCUGGCACUCCGCCGUCACCCUGACUGAACUGAGGCACAUACCGCAGCUCAAGUGGGUUUGCGGUCAGCACAAAGCUUGAUGAUCUUAUGGACCACGUUGCACCAAGCAACUCUGUUUCACCCAAGUACUGAUAUGCUCUUGGCUUCAGAGAAGAUGCUGGCCAUUUUCUAUCAUUCUUCCAUGUCUGUCAUUAGAGUUUUUGAGAUGGAGAAACCAGGUAUUUAUAGAAUAAGCUACACUUGGUGUUUAAUACAGGGUCGCUUUAUGGUGUCAUUUCCAUUGUACGUGU